GGGAUGUUACGUGUCCUACUUAUAUCAGUACACUCGUAACAACUUAAGCAUCACGAAACUUAUAUUCGAUCAAAUAAACCUCACGUAGCAAAUAAGCCAUUAUUUUGGGGGGGAGCAAAUUCGACACUCAUUGACCUCCAUUGAAACACUCAUUGCUUGGUGGGCGAAACGUCGAAAAAACGUCACCUGCUUGGAGGAAGACCGCCGAGUUGGGCCUCUCUCUUCCGCUUCCGGAAUUGAACGGAUGACCGUGAACUUUUCAGGUCGAUCGACAUUUUGUUAGCAAUUUAGCAAAAUAAACUGUCGUAUUUGGCGUGUCUGACAAAUAAAGGCCUUUGUCACUUGCGUCACCCACAUUGCAGCUAUGUGGUACGAAAUUCUUCCCGGUCUCGGAGUCAUGACUGUUUGUCUUAUCCUUCCUGGGGUUUUCACUGCACAGAUCCACAAACUCACUAACGGGGGGAAGGAAAAGAGAAUCGCCCGGGUUCCAUAUCAGUGGUAUCUGAUGGAGAGAGACAGACGUGUGUCAGGAGUGGAUUUGUAUUACAAAUCGAAGGGACUUGAGAAUAUCCACUGAUCCCAGAUCUCACCUAUAGAAUGGAUUUCUGUCAGAAUUCGUUGUACAUUAAUAAAGUUAUGUAUUGUCUGAAUUAA